GGUGGUGAUGGCGCUGGUGCUGGUGGUGGUGUGUUGCCCGGCAGUGGGACAGGAAGUGAUGGAGAGCUGAUGCAGAACUACAUGCGAGCGCUAGAGGUGCUCUCCACGUCCGAGGUGGCCGAGGAGCAACAGGCGGCACAAGAGUAUAUGCUGGCGUGUCAGGCUUCGGCCGAUGGAUGGUCGCUGGCAGUGGAGCUGCUUCAGCUGGGCGACGAGGUGUGGGGCUUUCUCGGCGCCAAGAUGCUCGCCUCCAAGAUCGUCAACGAGUGGCUAGGUCUGGAGCCGGAUGCGCGAGCGCAGCUGCAGGGCAUGCUGUUCCAGCUCAUUCGCAAGUUUGACGCUGGUCCGCUCAACGUCCUCACUCGGCUCUGUAUCGCCUUUGCCGGGCUCCUACUCCGCGAGCUCGACGGAUUCGAGGGUGUGGUGGUGUAUCUGAUAGGCGAGCUGGACGACACUCCGACGUCGCUCGUCCAGAUCCUCACAAUUCUGCCGGAGGAGUUCCAGCGAGCCAAUGUGCGAAAGGCGGUGCGGAGCAAGCUCCGUCACGAGCUACUCUCGGCAGCACCGCAGCGCAAAGUCCUCUACUGCCUCCACGCCUGGAUCGAGUACGACCUUCCACACGAGCUCGUUCUGCACUCGGCGAUGCUGCAGCACGCAUUUGCAGCGCUGACCAUGCCGGAGCUGUUUGCCGUGGCCGUCGACGUUGUUGAGCUUGUGCUCUCACUGCCGCUAGCCAAGGCCUUUCGCGCCGAGCUGUCAGGCAUGGCCUCGGCGGUGGCGAAUCUCCGCGAUCAGGUUCUGGCCGCCCACCAGAGCGGCGAGUGGGAGCAUGUCAAGGGCGUGGGCCGGCUGGCGGCCGCUCUCUGUGACAGCGAGCUCCCGUGGCUCCUCGAGUGCGAGCUGAAGACGGCGGGCGUGCUGUAUGACAUCCUCAUGGUGUGCGUGGCGACGCCAAAGCGGUCAGCGCUGGAGCUCUCCAUCCAGGCGUGGUCAGAUCUUGCGCACGAGCUAGUCAAGCUGGAGAGCGAUCCAGGUCGGCGGCUGUCGUCGGCGGCGCCGGCGGCUCUCCAAGCCUUUGUGCCGGUCUUUGCCCAGCUUCUGGAGCAUGCCUUUUCGCGGGCGCGGCUCUCGCUUGACUGGGAGCGGCUCGACUCAUUUGACACACACUACUGGCAGCUUGUGCGUCGUGAUUGCGCCGAGCUCUUUGAGUCAUGCGCCGAGCUGCUGGGUCCUGUCGAGUACUUUACCGGGGCGCUGGCGUACCUGCGGGCGCGGAUCGCCGACGCUCAACACGACACCACUAAUACGACCUGGCGCGAGGUCGAAACCGCCCUGUUUGCCAUUCGAGUGGCGUCCGACUACCUUCCGGUCGAUCCGGGCGAGGACGAGUACGAGGACGUGACGCGGACGGCGACUUCGGGCAGUCUGCGGCGGCUCUCGCUGGCGUCGCAGGCCGAGGCCGCCAAGAUGGCACUAGAGAACUCGGCGUUCUCGCGAGGGCGGUCGGCGUCAGAGCCCGGGCUCUUGCCGUCCGGGCCCGGGGCGACGGGCGGCUUUUCGGCGCCCAGCUACCUUGCGGCGGUGUUGAACGAGUUUGGGGCGCUCCCGUCACACGUCCGAGUCGCCAAGUCAGCCAUCAAGCUUGUGGGUGCGUUUGCUGGGCGGUUUGGCGGCCUCGCGCCGACCGCGAUGGCGCUCAUCUUGCCGGGCUUUGACGAGCCGGGCCUCUGUACGACGACGGCGUCAUGCCUCCGCGAGCUCUGCUCGUCGUCGGCUGACAACCUAGUGCCUAUUCUGGGCAACAUGGUGUCGUCACUGACGAGGGCCAUGGACAAGCUUCCGCUGCGGCCGCAGCUGCUUGCGCUAGAGGCUCUCGGCUACGUCAUUGCCAAGGCCGAGCCUGGCGAGGCACUGGGUGCACUGGAGGUCCUCGCGCUGCCGCUGAUCGAAGCGCUCGAGGCCGAGCUGGAGCACGGUAAUGUCGAGGCCGCGCAUGUCCUCACCUCGCUCACGGCUACGCUGUCGCUGCUGACGGCAGCGUGCCGAUUUGUGGAUAUCCGGAGCGCGGUGCCCGGGCGGUCGACGCCGCUGCUUUGCGUGGUCGAGCGAGCAUGGCCGGCCAUCGAGGCCGUAGCCACGGUAGCUCAUCGCGACGAGGAGCUGGUAGUGGCGCUUACCCAGUUUUGCGGCAACGUGCUCCGCGCCUCGUCCAAGGCCUUUGCGCCGCAUCUCGACGUCAUGCUCUCGCUGAUGACGUCGACGUACAUCGUGCAGCCUGCGGCGCCGCUGCUCAAUGUCAUCGAGACCGCAGUCGCCAUCCACAAGUCGACAGACGCGCUGCGAGCCGUCCUGCCGGGCACGAUCGACGGGGUUGUGACCCAGACGCUGGCGCACUUUUCGGCUUCAGACUCUGCCAUCAGCGCAGCGCCCGACCUGGUCUACGGCUUCUUCUCGCUCCUCACCGCAGUGCUGCGGCACGAGCCUGCGGCGGUGGUGGCAUCGGACUCUCUCAACCACCUGUUUCUCACUGGCAUGCGUGCGCUGUCGUCGCAGGAGAAAACAGCGAUCUCGUCGGUUCUCCGCUUCUUUGACAUGUUCUUCUCGCAAGAAGUGGGCGGCGCAACCGCAGCCGUCGCCAAUGCGGCCAUGCAAGACGCGUUUGCCAGCUACGGCGAGCCGCUGGUCCGGUUUGCCAUAGAGGCCUUUGCGGGCGGCCUGCCACGGUCGCUCGACACCAAGGUCGCCGACUUUCUCUUUGCCAUCUCGUUCCGCUUCCCGUACGAGGUCAACUCCCUGCUCCAGCAGCUGUUUGGCUCUGCCGCCGACUACCCUCAGGACAAGUUCCUCAAGGCGCUGAUGGCGGCGCGGGUCCGAGGCCGGUUCCGUCGCGCUGUCAAAGACUUUUCGCUGCAGUGGCGCGGGCUCUCGAACACGCCGUAUGGCGCCUCGCUGCAUGGCUCGGGCUUGCUGGGCAUGUGA